AUGGCGAUCCUCACACUCUCUUCCCUCCUCCUCCUCAUCGGCCUCUCCAAUGCCUCCUCCUCCGACAAGCGCGGCCUGGUCUUCACCCCCAACACCGACACCCCUCAGGACAACCAGAUCUGGGUGCAGUCCGGCAGCGACCUGACAUGGUACUACAACUACCAGUCCCAGCCCUCUCCAGCCUACACCUCUCUCUCGCAGGACCAGUUCGAGUUCGUGCCCAUGAUGUGGGGCGUCACGGACAACCUCAACGACACGACGUUCCUGGACCAAGUCAACGCCCUCAUCAAGCAGGGCACCAACAUCACGCACGUCCUGGGCUUCAACGAGCCCGACGGCUCCGCCAGCACCGGCGGCAGCGCCAUCGAGCCGCGCGACGCCGCGCAGGCGUGGGUUGCCAACUUUGAGCCGCUGGGCAAGCAGGGCGUCAAGCUGGGGCUGCCGGCGACGACGGGCGGACCGGGCGGGCUGCCGUGGCUGAAGCAGUUUCUGGCGAAUUGCUCGGAUAUCGUGAGCGAGGGGAGCAAGACGAAGACGAAUUGCACGUGGGAUUUCCUGCCCGUGCAUUGGUAUGAUAACUUUGCUGGGUUGGCGUCUCUUAUUGGAGAGAGGAGGGCGACGUGGCCCAAUGCUAGUAUCUGGGUGACGGAGUACGCCUUUGCAAACCAGGACCUCCAGACAACGCAGGAAUUCUUCAACCAGACGCUCGACUACUUUGACAAGCUGGACUACAUCGGCCGGUAUACUUAUUUCGGCGCCUUUCGCUCCAAGACGUCCAACGUCGGACCCAACGCCUCGUUUCUGAACAAUGCCGGCAAGCUGACGGAUAUUGGAUCAUGGUAUCUUGGCUUUGGAGCAACAAAUGUCAAGCCUACGAGUGCGGCGUCAAGAGAAUUCAUGUCUGGCUGGAUCGUCGGGGGGGUUAUACUGAUAGUUGCUUGUAUGAAUGGGUUGUUGUAG